CUACUCUACUGCAUUAGUAAAUUAGCAAUAACAUGGCAUUUCCUCAAAGAGCUAAGCCAUCAAGACAUUUCUCCAAAGGACUCCUCCAGUCACUCCCUUAAAGUCAGAAGAAGUGUUACAAAAGAUGACCCUCCUUCCUAGAGGUUUCAUUCUGAAAAAGCAAUUUUUUGCAAGCCUAGUUCAGAGUCAGCCUGUGAGACGGAAUGCCUAUGCCAUGUGCUGGAACAAAGAUAAUGCUGCAAGGACUGGCUACUUUCUCUACUCUCAAGGCUGCUAAAAGUCCUUACUUAGGCCUUUGAUCUCUCCUGGGAGUCUUCGAAUUCAAGCAGAGGCCAAUGUCUUCCUCAGCUGUCUUCUCCACAAAUUCUUCCAGCAGCUUUGGCAGUUCCACUCACCCGCGGCACUCUGGUAAAUUUGUUUGAGAUCACCUUACCAAAGACAGCCCUAACCUCUGAGAACCACCGUUCCUGACAGAGCCGCCUGAGUGACAGCGUCUUCCCAGCCCGGGAGCCGAGGGAAAGCUGUCGGGGACCGGCGUUUGCGAGUUUCUGCUCUGGAGCGUUAAGGACGCGCAGUGAGAACGAACCGAUUGAAGAAAAAAACAAACGAAAUUCACCCCUAGGAGCACAAGCUCUCCAAGGGGAUGCCUAGUUUCUAAUUCUGUGUGACCGGGGGCCAAUGACUUACUCCUUGAGCUGGGUUACCUUCUUUUAAUAAUGGGUCCAGUUACAGUUGCCACAAAAUUGUUGGAAGUCAUAAACGAGUGAAUACAUGGAAAGGGUUGGGAACAGUGCAUGGCAAAUAGAAAAUUCUUUAUAAUUGUUUGCUCCACACAUCCCACGCUGAGCAGUUUGGGUACAAAGCACAUUAGGUGCCUGGUGGAAAGAAAUCAGCUGAAAGGCAAGAUAAAUUCUAUCUUCCACUUAAAGUUUAUUUGUGCCCAAAUCUUAAAUCUGCACACAACUCAGUUUUAGCUUCGAGCAGUGUGUGAACUUCUGGACUCUCUAGGCAGAGAAAAUGGUACUAUUGCUGCUGACCAGAACCUGUGGGACUUGGCUGAGAAUUCCCCGAUGAGAGUAUCUAUCCACUAUUGUGUUUCAGAGGUAGCAGUGUGCAUGGUUUGGAAUGUUUCCACCCCGCCUGGAUGAGUUCUUUAGGAACUUAAUUCUUUUAUCUGGUGUAGCCCUGGGUACCUAUUCAUUUCAAUGGCAUCCACUUGUUAAUAGUCCUAAAUAAGGUACAGAUGAAUUUCCCACAGGCCUACUAAGCAGCCCGUUGGUAUGAAAGGGCCUGAUUUUCGAGGGUGGAUGGUGAUGGUGGCGGUGGUAGUGUCUUUGUCUUAGAGAUGACAGAACUUGGAAGAGAGGACUGCGGCUGGGAUGUCUGUAGCAAACCUUAGUGACUGACACUCUCCCACCUCUGGUUUCUGGGGCCUUCACUUUGGAGUACAGAUUUCACCUGAAAAAGUUAAUACUCCUCUGGCUCCUGCAGACAGGGAUCUGCCUGCCAGGGUUGCUUUCGGAAAAUAAUUUUAGGAAAAAGUCAUAGAAAAGAAAGCUCCCCCGGCCCCCAGUAUGUUCGGAGUCACAACAGUUACUGGACUGUAUGACGCAAGAUCAAGGUGAGAACUCUCUCUCCUCUUUGAAUGAGGCUACAAGGCCUGAUCCCAAACUUCAGAACACUACUUGUUUAGACCUGAAGUAAGAGCUUUUCCCGUAUAUAAACAGCAAGCUCCCCCCCCCCCCACCGGCAAGUGAUUUGGUAGUGGGUUAAGUAAGGGUGGAGGAAGAUUGACAAAAGCUGAUUAAUAGGUUCAUUGUCACUUAAAUGGAAGCCCUCCCCUCUCGCCUUCUAGCCACCAAAGUUUCAAAGACCCUGCUGUGAUUGCUUUUCUGGAAGGCUUUUGUCGCCAAAGUGUGUGAAGUUUCUCGGAUUGGAGGAGUUGGAAAUUUUACACGAGCCAAGAAGGAUUGCUGUGCCGGCAGCUGGGACGCAUCUGUAACGGUGUUAGUUUGCCUGAAAGCAGAAAAUUAGCGACCCCAAAGCCCUGCUUGGCUGUUUAGUCUGUAGAAACGACAGGGCGGAGCAGAAAGAGAGGGAGAAGGGAGACGCACCCCUGGAAAGAAGUUCGCCUUCUAAAACUGGGUUUCUUAGAAUACAAAUCUUAGGAGACGCAGUCAGUGUCUAUCUUCCGCCGGCUCAGGGCCCAUCAAAGGUCUGGCGCAAAACAGGAGGCGCUCAGCAAACAUGCGCAUAAGAGGGAAAGAGAGGAAGGGAGGUGUGUUCCUGGCCACCUGGCCCUCCUGAGCCCACGCCUUUUAGAUGAGCAUAGAGAACUCAGAGCGGGCUCUGUCUUGGCGAAAAGGAACCUCCCCCUCCCCGCUUACCCCCAAUAACACAGAGCCUACAAAAUGGCAAUAUGAUGAGAAACAAAACAGAUUAAAAAAAAAAAAUCUAGAUCCACUCCAUUAUUGAAAGUGCCACUUCAAGUUUUUAGCAACCGUUAUUUGGCCUACUGGCUGAAAAAAUGCCUGACACAACUAAAGUUCAUGAAAAAGAGAAACACCUGAAAAUAAAGUGAUUCCCUCGUGUCCCGGACUGGGAAGGCAGGUCCGCUUUUGGUGUCAGCUGAAGUAGGGCGUUCUAUUUACUAAUUAUCUUUUUUUAAUGUGAGAGCAAUCGUACAAAAAGUUGGAUUUCCUUCGUUCCUUUUGCCUGCGACACCCUUUAAGUGUCCCUUGGUUUAGGUAUGCUAGAGUGUGCAAGUAAGCGGGUUGGGGAGGCAUCACCCCCGCCCCAGCAGAAAUGCAGUAAAACCAUUAGCGUCAAAAGGGGCAGUAAACAGCAAAUUGUCUCUAGAGGAAAGGCGGAGGUUUGCCCAGACAGCCCCGGCGGGGGUUGCGGUGGGAUAUGCUAAUAGUGCGGGGCCACUGGGGCCGGCCUCCCUUCCCCAGGAAUAUAUAAAGAGCCUCAACCCCAGCGCGGCCGACCCAGGCCGCCAGGCGCCUGCCCUUGUUAAUUACCGGAGAAACCGACCAGGGAGCUCCGCCCGGGACUCGCCUGCCCGCAGCGGCGCCAGGCUCCGGUUUCUCCCCUAUCUCGCUGCUGCCCAGGUGCACCUCCUGCCUCUCCGCAGAAGAUGGACAUGAUGGAUGGCUGCCAGUUCUCGCCUUCUGAGUACUUCUACGAUGGCUCCUGCAUCCCGUCCCCCGAGGGCGGGUUCGGGGACGAGUUUGAGCCGCGAGUGGCUGCUUUCGGGGGGCACAAAGCAGACCUGCAGGGCUCAGACGAGGACGAGCACGUGCGAGCACCUACGGGCCACCACCAGGCCGGCCACUGCCUCAUGUGGGCCUGCAAAGCAUGCAAGAGGAAGUCCACCACCAUGGAUCGGAGGAAGGCGGCCACCAUGCGUGAGCGGAGACGCCUAAAGAAGGUCAACCAGGCUUUCGAGACGCUCAAGCGGUGCACCACGACCAACCCCAACCAGAGGCUGCCCAAGGUGGAGAUCCUCAGGAAUGCCAUCCGCUACAUUGAGAGCCUGCAGGAGCUGCUGAGGGAACAGGUGGAAAACUACUACAGCCUGCCGGGGCAGAGCUGCUCCGAGCCCACCAGCCCCACCUCCAGCUGCUCUGACGGCAUGCCCGAAUGUAACAGCCCUGUCUGGUCCAGAAAAAGCAGCAGUUUUGACAGCGUCUACUGUCCUGAUGUACCAAAUGUAUAUGCCACGGAUAAAAGCUCCUUAUCCAGCUUGGACUGCUUAUCCAGCAUAGUGGAUCGGAUCACCAACUCAGAGCAACCUGGAUUGCCUCUCCAGGACCCAGCCUCUCUCUCCCCAGUUGCCAGCACCGAUUCUCAGCCUGCAACUCAAGGGGCCUCUAAUUCCAGGCUCAUCUAUCAUGUGCUAUGAACUAAAAAUCUAGUCUAGAUCAGUUCUGCCAGGAGGGCCUAUUAUACAGGAGGAAAGAGGCCCAAAAAGUCCCAAAGCAAGACAACCUGUAAAUAAACAUUUCCUUUCAGUUGUAAAUUUGUAAAUAUUAUCUUGCCACUUUAUAAGAAAGUGUAUUUAACUAAAAGUCACUAUUGCAAUUAAUACUUUCUUUUCUUCUUUUCCUUUGUCUUGCUUUAGAUAUAUAGUUCCAGAGAUACUAUUUCUUAUAGGAGGCAGUUCAUCAAAGGUAGCUUGUUGCAAUGCUUAACUUAUAUUUUUUAUAAAUAUUGCUUAUCAAAAUAUUACAUCUGAUGUUUAGAGCUUUAUUUUUUUCUUUAAA